AUGGGGGCUGUUAGUACCGGUGCGGAAUCGCUGGAGUGCUGUAACGGUAGCAGUGCAGCAGCUGCAACCAGCAACGCCCAGAACCAACCGGCAGGACCACCACAAGGAGCAGCAGCAGUGGCAGCAUCUGCGGCGCCAACCCACACCAAUCAGCAGCAGCAGCAGCAGCAGCAGCAGCAGCUCGCACCAUCCGGUUCCAGUGGAUCGCUCCGGCCACCGAGUACGCUACCACUCCCGGCAACCACCACCACAGGCAACGGCAAUCUGCGGCCACCACAACAACCAAUCCGUCAGUCAGCACACCAACAGCAGCAGCAGCAGCAGCAACAGAAGAUCCACGAGCAUACGCAGCUAGACAUCGAGAACAACAACAACAACAACAACAGCAACAAUGUUCGAUGGCAGCAGCAACAGCAACAGCAUCUGUACGUCAAUCCAGUGCAGAGCUACCUCAACUACGAUCUCUACCUGAAGCACACGCUCUACGAUGAGCACGAGUACUUUAACCAUCUCAACAACAAUGGCACCGUCGGCAACGGUACGGCCAAGCUGGCCCCGCUCGCCACCGCCGGCACGAUGUCGCUGCACUCGGAGUACACCGGCCCCGAUACGCCGCUAACGCUCGACGCCAGCAACCGGUCCUCCGGGUCCUGCCAGUGUCUGUUCACGCGCUACUGCACCGGCAAGGGCCGGCGCCGGUCCUGCACCUGUACGCUCGGCUCCUGCUGCCACGGUUCCGACGCGGACGCGGGAUCGGUGGCGGCGGCGGCGGCGCCCGGCAAGAAGGGCAAGGGAUCAGCAGGUGGGAAGCAGGGCGCGAAGGGAGCGAAGGCACCCGGCAAAGCGUCCGCCGCUGGGCAGCUGGCAGCCGUUAAGGAG